AUGUAUCCCCGACAUCAUCUCACGACACUCUUCAUCUCGAAAUUGUCUGCAGCAGCCCGGAGUCGCCUUUCCGAAAAAUGGCGCCUCCAAGAGACGUCAGUCCGCGCCAUCACUCACAAUGAAGGAUAUCCCGUUGCGCAACUCUUGCGAACACUUUAUCGACCAACCAGCAGCCCUACCACUCACACUCCCCAAAUACCACACCCGGCCAUUGCAGGUGAUGGGACUGGAGAUGAAAGAGUUGCAGCCCCUCGAGUUAAUAGAAUUGAAUGGUUGCAACAAAAGGGUUUUGACGAUCGGGUGCAGGGGUUGAUUUCUCUUGCUAAAGAACUUGGGGUCGUGCUGCCCGACACUGAUAGACUGAGCAGCCGAGAGAAGGGGGUGGUUAUGGAAUUGGCUUUGGUAAAGGAUUAUUACAAGUAG